AUAGGACAGUAUAGGCUCCAAGCACAACCAGGUUGGAAUAUGUUGAUUUGUUAUUUUUAGAAAAGGAAUGCAAUUUUAAAUUUGAAGACAUUUUUCAACUCGAUGCACAGUACAAUUAUUGAGGAAUAAUUCAGCUCUAGACUAUUCUGUUUCUGUUCACAGUUUUGAAAUUAUAUAAAGAUAAUGAGUGUCUGUGGUAUAGUUUUAGCACUAGCCUUGUGUGUAUUGUGUGAGCUAUACACUGGUGUCGUGUGCCAGUCCUGCAACAUUUCCCUGACAGGACUCCGGACCAGGAGAUACAGGGCCUUCAACGGCCUUGACAUCAGCGGCUGUAACACAACAUCCCAACUGGCAAGUUCCUUUCUCACCUGCUCCAACAUCUGCUCCCUGGCCAACAACUGCGUGGCCUUCACCUACAACACGCAGGUGUGUAGCACGUGCGCAGGGGGAAACCUGACCAACUUGACAUUCACACCUGGAAAACAGAUGCACGUGUCGUAUCAGUAUCGCCAGCUGGAUGUUCCGCUAAACCCAGUCACCAACAAAACGUUUCUCAAAGUUCCUGUCGACUGUGACAUUACUGAGGGAUCGACGGUGUACAUAUCAGGGACCUACCUAAGCUACAGGACUUUCAUCUUUGAGUUCACGUCCAACGCCAACGCCAACACCAACAUCCACUUCAAACCCCACUACGAUCCUAACCUUGCAUAUAGCUACAUCUUGAUGAACUCCAGGGUCGGGCAAACCUGGGGUGCGGUGAAAAAAGCCUACCCCAGCCCGUUUUCCUUCCAAGUGAACAAAACGGCUGAGGUCUACAUUUUGGUGCGGAAGGAUAGGUUUGUGUUCUACGUCAACGGCGUGUAUGUCUGUGACUUCGCUCAUGCGUAUCCCUACACGCAGAUUGAUACACUGAACGUGUACAACGGUUUUAAAAUAGAUGAAAUCAGUUUUUCAUAAUAUAAAAAAAAAUUACAUACAAAUUUAGAUCGUUGCUUAACUAUACCACCAAUGUCAUAC